AUGGCGCUGCUGUCGUCUCGGCGAUUAGAGGCUGUUCGUCUCAUUCGCGAGCAACUUCGGUGUACUCUUUGUAACAAUAUAUUUCAAGAGCCACAAUGUCUCGAUUGUAAGCACAAUUUCUGUCUCCCGUGUAUAUUGCAGCACUUAAAACAGAACAAAUCUCACUGUCCCACGUGUCAAUUACCGACAAGACCAAGCGAAGUAACACGGAAUCAGUUUUUAGAGAGUAUUUUAGUAGCUUGGAAUAACGUCGAGACGGAACUUAAAGCACUUCAUGGCGACCCAAAGUUUCAUGCUACUAAAAUCACCAUAGAAGACACAGACAAAGUUUUGCAACGAGUGGCUCAUGGAGUAAGUUCGUCAAAUGAAGAAGAGCGACACAAAUCUCGAGGACCAGUGGCUAAUAAUAAAUGGAACAUUGAUACACAAGAAAUUCGACAAGAAUUGAAUUCAGAACGGCCUUAUUUGCCGCAACAUUAUGGAACACGUCAUGAGAGCACAAAUCAGUGGAAGAAAACGAGUAGUAGUGACUUACCACUUGAUUAUAGUUCGAGUACAAGAAGAAAGAGUCGUAAACGUGGUCUUCAAAAGAAUCAAACACCACGACAGGAGGUAGAACAGAUGUCAGAAAGUGAAUCGUCUCAAAACGAAACGAAGGAGGAAUCGGAAGUGACAUUGUCAAAUAGUUUGAUGGCGACACAAGAUGUGGAGAAUUAUCUGGAGCGAAUUAAAAAGCAACGAGAGGCAUUGAGUCAAUGGGAACGAGAGCAUCAGAAUCAAACAAACAAAACGUCGUUGUUCUUGGAUCUCGAACGCUCUUUGCACAGCAGCAAUACUUUUGAAGCAUUGCUCCAGGAAAGACGAGAAUCCCAGCAACAUGAAGAGGAUGGAGACUUGCUGACACAAAUGACUCAACUGACGCAACUGCCACCAGCAACUAGCGUACUUGAGUCUCCAGAUCUUCUUGCCACGUUCCGACAAAGUAGACAUCGAAAUGAUGAUGAUAGACUGAUAGCAAAGCGACGACUUUUCUUGGCAUCGCCGUCAAGAAAGAGACUUAGAAUGCCCACACUUCAGGGUUCAAAAUACCAAGCGAUUGAUUGCAAAAGUGACUUAGUCAGCGAUACAAGUAACAUCGAUCGCAAAGAGGUAUCGGAUAGUCUGUCAGCUAUGGCGUUUCCAAACGAAGAGGUCAAGAAUGCAGAUGACGAUACCGAGUCUGGAGACGCAGAUGCUGAAGAAGAGUACGAAAUGAAGCCAGCAAAGCCAUUACAAUCUACGCUGAAAAAUCGCUUAUCGCAUGACCAAUUUCGUCAAAGCCAAAAGAAGUCAAUACCCCGAAAAGAUGUUAAGAUCAGUGAGAAUUUUCGGUGUGUCAGUACUUCUUUUACGUCAGCAGAACGGACUCAAAGUGACAGCUUAACGUCUCAGGCAGCAAAGAACUUGACAUUAUCAACACCACAUUCUAACGCAGCGAAUGAUAAGGCAUCGAAAUCACCAAGGAAAACAUAUCCUACACAAGCAAGCAAGCCUCCUGUGCACACUUCAAAUCAUCCUAAAGUAUCAAUCGAUACUCGCGAAAGCACUUCACAUUUUGUCUUUGUGAGCUCGGAUCUCACCCGCGAAGAGGUAAAGCACGUUUUGGAAGCAACUCAACGCCUUGGUGGUAAAUUUGGUCAUGAUUUUGAUUUGAAACGCGAUCCAACGACAAAUCGUUAUUGUACGUCUGUGACGCAUUUAAUUACCAAAGCUGUGCCACCCAUUGGAGUCCUGAGUGAAGAGAAGCCACGUGCACUGCGAUGCAAACGUACUGCCAAAUACAUGCGUGCAUUAGCUGAAGGAACGUUUGUAAUGGAUUUUUCGUGGAUUACUGCCAGUCUCGCUGCUGGUCGAUGGCUUACGGAAGAUCCGUUUGAAAUGGUUGGUGAUAUUUACAGUGAUGCAGUAGGUAAACCUCAUGAAGGGCAUAUUCGACGCAUUCAAACUGGUCGACGCAACAGUAUCUUCAGUCUCUUUUGCUUUGUUUUGCUCGUGUCCGAAGACGAAUUUGAAUUUCAAUUUGCAUCAGUGAAAACGCUUGUUAAUAAUUUUGGUGGUACAGUCGUGCGCGCUGGAUCAUCUGGGACGUUUCAAUUGAAUGAACAAUCACGUCGAACACCUGUGGGAGUUGUUUCAAAGACUACAUUACCUUCAGAAGCAAAAGCCAAAUGGUAUCAAUUUCACAUUCCAAUUGUUCGUAUCACUUGGAUUUUUGAUAGUGUCAGUCACUUAGAAGUGCUGCCAUUUGACGAUUAUUAUCCGUAUUAA